UCGAACCUCUUGAUUAACCACUUCUUCGCUCAUCCCCCAUCGUCGCAAUGGCCACCGAACUUUGGUACGUUGCGUCAGCGCGUUUGAAUCCUCCCCCUAGCAACGCCGUGGAGCUUCGGAUUGCAUCGUUGGAAGCUCUCGGCAUCAUCGCAACCGCCUGCACUUGCCUCUUCCCUUGCCUCGUUGUGCGAUCUCGAGAUUUUAAAGCUAACUUGUUUCCUAUAUAGCCCUGUCUAC